CUCUAAAUUCAAAUCCACAAAAAAAAAAGAAAAUAAAUACCAAACUCGCCAUAGCAUUCGGACGCAAUGUUUACAUGUUGCGGCCUGACAACCACGUCCGUCGUGGACCCGGAGAUGGAUGUAGAAUUUCAGUGAAAAAGAGAAGUUGCAUCCUACAUGAUCCACUCAGUCAAAGACAAGUUGAUGGCAGUAUGCGGAAAUACCAGCAACUUGCGCUUACCAUUGUUUCAGUGGUGUGUCUUCUUGCCUUCUUGUUUUAUAAACAUGAAUACGAAAGGCUGAGAUACACCCUUGAAUAUCUUGACACCUUUGGUGAACCUCCCUCCAAUUUAGAAGCAGCUAGACCUCAGUGUGGCUACAACACUCACCACAAGAUUGCAACGCCUCCUGCUGAUUGGGUUCAAGUCACCUAUGACCUUGAGGUUUAUUCAUCUUACUGGGAUGGUGAGCCACAGAUCCGAACCAUAGGAGCUGUGCGCCUUACUUCAGCUCCGCCUUCAGAUCUUGGGUGUUUGGUCUGGUUUGAGUCCGAGAGCGAGCCAGUGCCAGGAUCUUGUAGUGUAGAACCAGUGUCAGAGAGAGAGCAUGGCCACAGCACACAUAAGGAAGAUAUAGAGGUCAUAUAUUUGCUGUGCACAGCCCACAACAAAAAGCUUAUGCUAAGCAAAAUUCCGUACAUGAUUCAGUUUACAGUAGGUAAUUCUGAAAUAUCAAAGCCAGUCUUCAUACAUGAGAGCGAGAGCUCAAAGAUUGUUAUCAAUAAAUCUGCUGUCUGUAUUCUUCCAGUGGAGGGUCCAGUAUCUACUUUGAAAAUCAUAGAGUUCAUAGCCUUUUAUAACAUUAUUGGCAUUGAUAGGUUUUCAAUUUAUGGUCCAGUUCUCACACCUCUUGCUAGAAAACUCUUAGACAAAUAUAGUGAUGAGAUUGGUAUCGAAUUUGAAGAAAAACUUUUUAGCUCUUCCUAUAGUUUCAAACUCGAAAAGGUAGUUGUCAGAAAGAUAGUCGAAUUAGAUUGUCUCUACCGUCAUCGUGACACCCACGAGAAUGUCUUGAUUCUAGACUUGGAUCAGUAUCUUAUACUGAAGCACAAACCUACGCUGCAAGAAACUUUAGCUGUACUGGUGAACAAUAAUCGGCACUCUAGAGAAGUAGCCGAGUUCCAUUUUUCUAGCCAAGCUGUCUGUCUUGAUCUAGAUCAUAUAAAAGGGGGAACUUUAUUAUUGUCACAGCAGAUCCAUAAGGUAGGCUCCGCCAAGGAAACAGGUGUAGCAGUUCUUCGUCCACACCUUGUGACGGCAUCACUGCUGGGUAGAUUAGGAAAUGCACCCAAGAGUCAGCAUGUCUCUUUAGCGACUGCAUUUGUACAUCAGUAUUCUGUUUGCUCAUCUACAGACAGUCAUGAUGACGAGCAGCAUCUUCCUACUACAAAAUGGAUUUUAGAUAAAUUAGAGAAGUCCCUCUUAUACAGAAAGUGGGAGAUAAACCGCUGAGCAUUUAACAAGUAGAUCCAAUAUAUGUGAUAAACUAUGGGUUUGUAUAGGACUAACCUAAUUUCUGGAUCAAGUCUGCCAAGAUUAUUCUGAAGGAUGUUGGAAUUUUAUAGAUUCAAUGUUAUUAGUAAAACUAAAUAAAUCAAAAGAUUUUCCCUUGAUGAAAUAAACACUACCAGCAACAUUCCACUUGUGAGGGGACUAGUAUCUGUAAAGCUGGAAUACUUCUUGGAUGGUUGAGUUACAGGAUGCCAUCACUUUAAAUAAUAUACUUUGAUGACUGUAAUUUCAGUAAUCUUUUCCAAUGCAUAUUUUUAUUAGGUAAUGUUAUUAGAAAAAAGUAAUCUCAAAAGUAAUAUAAAAAGAUUGAAAGUUUUAGCAACUGAAAAUUUAUCAGGCUCAAAUGGUUGUAGGAAGUAUUGACUGGGCAAAUGUUUAUUGAUCUUUUUUUUUAACGAUGUGGAUCUCAAAUAUGUGUAUAUUACGAGGCUUUGUACAUGAGAUAAGGGUAAACAGAACAGCAAACUAAUGCAUUUAUAAAUUUUAAGAGUGCAGUGUAAGUAGACAUUUUGAUUGUCGCAAAAUGGGAGCAUUAUCAUAGUAUAUGUAAUCCCUAGGUUUAGUUUACAUACUUGGAACAUUUAUUUUUUAGCAUGUUCAGAUGACAUUGUUAGGAGGGUUACAUUUUAGGUCCAAUAUGUUCCUGAAUCACUAACACAAAAAUACUGUGUUAUUUUAUAUUCAUUUGCAGAUUACAAGUUCCUAUAUUGACUGAUUGUGUAUUAUCAAUGAUCUGAUUUCUUUUCCAUUAGUAAUCACUUAAAUAGUGUUGUUAGUAUUUCUGUGAUUUAUAAUGACUCAAAGUUGCAUGUAAUUGUGUUUUGUGAGAAGCAUCCCAUCCCUGUGAUUCAACAUUUAAAUUUUCUAUGUAAUAUUACUACAAAUCUCUUUUGUUGCUGUUGAGUAAAAGACUUAAGUUAAUGUUUAUAUAGAGCAGGCACCAUGUCAGUUACUUGCCUGGAAAGUAGAUAUAAUAUUUAGAUGUACUACAAGGUUUUUGUAGAAAAAGGAUAAUAAUAAUGAUAUUUAAAUAAAAAAUUAUUAAUUA